AUGCUCAGUUUUCUUCGAUCUAUAUUCUAUCGCCAACGCCCCUCAAUCAUGGAACCCCUCAUAGCUGUCGUCGGUGCCACAGGCACCGGCAAAUCCAAGCUUGCAGUUGACUUAGCAUCCCGCUUCAAUGGUGAAAUUAUCAACGGCGAUGCGAUGCAAAUGUACCGCGGCCUUCCCAUCAUCACAAACCAGAUACCCGUCGAAGAAAGGAAUGGAAUUCCGCAUCAUCUGCUGAGUUGCGUCGAACUGGAAGAGGAAGCCUGGCGGAUUGGGAUAUUCAAGAGGGAGACUCUCCGGCUGAUCAAGGAUAUCCAUUCGCGGGGGAAGCUUCCAGUGCUUGUCGGAGGAACGCAUUACUAUACACAGGCGGUGCUUUUCAAGGACCAAACCGUCGGCGAGAAUGCGGAAAUUGGCACAGACCAAGAAGAACAGACGGCAGACGAAUCCUCUGCAAAAUGGCCCAUCCUCGAUGCGCCGACAGAGGUGGUCUUGCAGAAACUACGAGAGAUAGAUCCGGUUAUGGCAGAUCGAUGGCAUCCGAACGAGACGCGCAAGAUUCGACGCUCUUUGGAAAUCUACUUCCAGACAGGCAGGCCGGCCUCGGAAAUAUACGCAGAGCAGAAACGCUCCAAGGAAAUGACAGCGACAGCAACCUCUUCCGGAUCGGAACAGUUGCGCUUCCCGACGAUGAUAUUCUGGGUUCAUGCAGAGAGGGAAGCAUUGAACAUUCGACUCGAGGAGCGUGUGGAUGUCAUGGUUGAGCAGGGUCUGAUGUCAGAAGCCCAGAGAAUGUUCGAUUACCUUCAGGAAAAGCAAGCGCAAGGUGUCACUGUUGACCAGGAAAGAGGCGUUUGGAUUUCAAUUGGCUUCAAGGAGUUAGCACCAUAUUUCCAGGCUGUGCAGCAAGGAUCAUCCAGCGAAGAGGAACUGGAAGCACUCAAGCGCUCGUGUAUUGAGGCUAUCAAGAUCGCCACGCGCCAGUACUCAACGUCACAGAUUAAAUGGGUCCGGAACAAACUAUGGAACACCCUCUCGGAGGCCGGAAUGACCCAUCGUCUAUUCAUUCUUGACACCAGCAACGUCGAAGAAUGGGAGCGGAAUAUCACAGAGCCAUCUGAGAGGCUUGUUCAUGCUUUGCUCAAUGACGAGUCGACACCUGAUCCGAAGUCACUCUCGGAGCUUGCAAAGACAACUCUUAGCGCUAAAGAAGCAAAGGCAGCGAAGCAAAAAAGCGGCGCCUUGAAGACCGUCUCGUGUGACGUCUGCAGUAAGACUAUGACUACCGAACAGUGGGAUGUUCAUAUCAAUGGAUUUGCUCAUAGACGAGCGCUCAAGCAUGCUGCGAAGAAAGCUGAGCAUGCUGAUUAUUUGCGGAAAACAGAAUCUUUGGAUGAUACUCGAAAGCAGAGGGUUGUCAGCUAA